CUUACCAUGAAUAUUUUUCAGAAUGCACAGCGAGUGGCCAUUUCAAAUGGAUCCAUUUCGUAUAUGAGGGCGGCUUCCAGUCAGGCACAGGUUUUGGCCAAUGCUGCCGACACUGCAGCCACAAACGCUCGACCUUAUAAUGAGAUCCCACGUCCCGGAAAAUGGCAGUUCAUCAGAUCUUUUGCGCCGGGCGGUGAGUUUCAAAAUGCUUCGAUUGUGGAUUUUGCACACGCAAUGAGAGAUCGAUAUGGUGACAUCUUCAUAAUGCCGGGAUUGUUCGGUCGCAAGGACAUGGUGACCACUUUUAGUCCCACGGACAUUGAGACUGUCUUCCGAAACGAGGGAAAUUGGCCGCAACGAGAAGUCUUCGCCUCAUUUGAAUAUUUUCGGACACACAUAAGACCUGAUGUGUAUGGAGAAAAUAUGGGUCUGGUGGUAUCGCAAGCGGAGGUCUGGGGUAAAAUGCGAUCAGCCCUUAAUCCAAUUUUCAUGCAACCAAAGGGCUUAAAAACAUAUUACGAACCACUGUCCAACAUCAACAAUGAGUUUAUUGAGCGCAUCAAGGAAAUUCGAGAUAGCAAAACUCUGGAAGUUCCUGAUAAUUUUUCAGAGGAAAUAAGCCGACUUAUUUUUGAUUCCCUGGGUCUGGUGGCAUUUGAUCGCGAAAUGGGAAUGAUCAGAAAGAACCGCGAUAAUCCCGAUGCAUUGGCACUGUUCAAAUUUUCAAAAGAGCUGAUAAGAUAUAUCUUCGAGUUGGACAUAAAGCCAUCGAUGUGGAGAUAUGUGGCCACGCCUACUUAUAAAAAAAUGAUGAGGACUCUCGAGGAUUCGUUGCUGGCCUCGCAGAACUUACUGAAGGAUGCACAGGAUUCGGUGGAGAAGCGUCGUCAGGCGGGAGAACAGGUCAAUAACAACAGCAUGCUGCAGAAGAUGAUGGAGGUGGAUCCCAAGAUGGCCACCGUCAUGAGUUUGGACAUCUUGUUCGCCGGUGUUGAUGCCACAUCUACUUUGUUGUCGGCUGUGAUCAUGUGUUUGGCCAAGAACCCAGAGAAGCAGGGAAAGCUGCGCGAGGAACUCCUAAAGGUGAUGCCCACUAAGGACUCCCUUCUCAACGAGGAAAGCAUGAAGGAUAUGCCCUACUUGAGGGCAGUGAUCAAGGAAGCUCUACGUUACUAUCCCAAUGGGUUGGGAAACCUGCGCAUUUGCCCUACAGAUGUCACUCUCUCGGGUUACAAUGUCCCAAAGGGCAGCAAUGUGAUGCUCGCCUCAAAUAUCCUUUUGCAGGACGACAGGUACUAUCCACAAGCCGACAAGUUCCUGCCAGAACGUUGGCUAAGGGAUCCGCAGACUGGAAAGAAGACCCCCAUCAGUGCCUUCAGUUUCCUGCCCUUUGGCUUUGGACCACGGAUGUGCAUUGGCAAGAGAUUGGUGGACUUGGAAGUCGAGACGAGUGUGGCAAAGUUGAUCAGGAACUUCCAGGUGGAAUUCAACUACGAUUCAAGUCGUCCAUUCAAGACUUUCUUCUUCAUGGAACCGGCCAUUCCCUUCCGCUUCAAGUUCACCGAUAUCGACUAUUAAAUGGCUUUGAAAUUAGUAUACUUUCUGGUGAAAUGUGUUGUAAAUAAACGAUCUAAUUUAGUGCA